GAAAGUACGCGCGGGCCGGGGAGUAGUGAAUCUGCUCGGAGCAGGUUCUCGUGUAAAAGCGAUGCAAGGUGUCGAGCGCGAUAUUGCGCGAUAUGUACGAGAUGUGUCACCGCUAUUCGCAACGUUUGCCAAAUUAAGUUCCGUGGACAUCCGUGAACGACAAAUCGCCCAGACCGGACGAGAAAAUAUCAUUUAAACUAAUCGUUAUCUUGACGGCUAUACGGCGAAUUUAGCGCAGUUUCUUGAGUAAGCACCGACAGGAAUAAAGUUGAAUUUUUAUUAUUGGCUUCUGCAUACUUGGUGUUUUUAAUAGAGAUCAAACAAGAUACAGAUCAACAUUUACUUAUUCAUCUGGUUUGUCUAAAUUCCUGGUAUAAAAAUUCCAUAUUGCGCUACAUUAAUAGCAUAUGCUGGACAAUAAUAAAAUCGGAAUAAAUAUAUGUAUUAACAAUGACUAUGAUAUUUGAUUUUCUGAAGAAAAUCUUUCGAUGGGUGGAUGAAGGUUCUAAGAAACGGAAAGCUUCCGAGGAUUGCAGCUUUGAGGAGGAAUAUGCAACGCCCAAGAGAUUUAAAUCCAAUUGUAAUAUAGCACACACAAUGGAGCCCUAUUAUAUUGAUGAUAGCGACGAUGAUGAUAUCAUUUGUCUAGGCGAGCAGAAAUGUUCGCCAGUGAGACCAUGCACACAGUUGAACGGUACUCAUAAGAAACAACCACAAUCUUAUGAAUAUUACAAAGUUACGUCUCCCAGUUGUAAAUCUACUUGCACACAACUGCAUCACAGUAAAUCAAGUAUGGAGCAUUUUUUCCAUCACAAACACAGGAUGGCAGAUACCUGUCACAAGUCUCCCACAUUAUCCAAAACUAAUCAGUUGAAAGAAAAAUAUCAGUAUGAAGAGAUGCUGCAAAAUCUGCUUCCAAAUAGGAUACAAGUAUUGGACAAACAUGUUGAAUACACUUCUAUACCCAAACCUAUAGAAGUGAUUGAUCUAGAAAAACAAUCGGAAUUGGCGACGUCCAACAAAAUUCAAUCGUCUGUCACUAAUACGUCUAAGACGAUGACGGCACCAUACCGUCAUAGAGGCUGCACAUCAAACUGUACUAGGAUAGACAAAGAAAAAGUUCCUAUUUUUGAUUAUAAUGAGAAAAGUAUCACAUCGAGGUAUAUGCAGCCUGACAAAGUGAUUACAAUUGAUAGACCCAGUACGAGUGGUUUGGUGAAACCUCCAUCGACAAAGUUGCCCGUUAAAGUUGUCGCAACUAACUCAUUGCGCGAUGAGCUGGCUGCGAAAGCUGUCAUGAGACAAGACUUCAUCCCACAAGUUACUAAAAGAUACAACGAGCGAAUUGAACAACGGCACAGGGAGGCUGAAGAACUGAAGAAGAUGACGUGUGUCCUAUCGAAACACAACAGAUAUGCAAGAGAAGCAGCUCUGGAAGAACAAUUGGCACGUUCUAUGAAAUUAUAUCUGUCUGUGCUAGAUGAUAGAGACGAGCAGGUGGAACCGGCAUUGCCGGCCUUGACCGACGAGAUGUUGCGAGAAGUGAGGAACGCUAUUGCACCAGGCUCUCCGGGUGAAGUUCUUGCGGAAGGUUUUGGUCUAAGGAUCACACGGAAGGACCUCUACACACUAGCUGACUUAAAUUGGCUGAACGACGAAGUAAUAAACUUCUACAUGAAUUUAUUGAUUGCUAGAGGCACAUCUUUGGAUAAGUAUCCAAAAGUACAUGCAAUGAACACAUUCUUUUAUCCAAAACUUUUGUCGGGUGGUCAUUCGUCUCUGAAGCGGUGGACUAGGAAGAUAGACAUAUUUGCACAAGAUCUUAUGGUUGUGCCUAUACAUCUUGAUAUUCACUGGUGUAUGUCGAUAGUAGACUUCCGGGAUAAAACGAUUAUUUAUUAUGACAGUAUGGGGAGCAGUAAUCCAAAGUGUCUGGCAGCGUUAAAACAAUAUUUACAGGAUGAGAGUUUAGAUAAAAAGAAACAACCUUAUAAUAUGAAUGAUUGGAAAUUACAGUCUGCCAAGAAUAUUCCGCAACAGAUGAACGGCAGCGACUGUGGCGUGUUCUCUUGCAUGUUUGCCGAAUAUGUCUGUGCAAACAAGAAAAUAACUUUCACGCAGGAUGAUAUGCCGUACUUUAGGAAUAAAAUGGUUUAUGAGAUACUCAAGGGUAAACUUUUGUAAGAAGUAUCUUUAUGUAUUGCUUCAACAAGUUGGAAAAUAGUUGAGGAAUUCUAUCUGAGGAUUAACGAUGAAACUAUACUGUAAUAAAAUGGACGGUUUAACAGCAUUGGAGUAUUGUUUGAAAACAUAUUUAUGUAUCAUUAUUCUUAAAAAAAGAGGAGGGAGAGAGAGAGAGAGAGAGAGCGAGAGAGAGAGAGAGAGAGAGAGAGAGAGAGAGAGAGAGAGAGAGAGAGAGAGAGAGAGAGAGAGAGAGAGAGAGAAUAUAUGUGUGUGCGCGUGCGUGUACAGUAACACUUUCAGUUUGACUUUUAUAUUUUCCUUUCAUUUCGGAAUUAGUUUAUAAGUUAUAAUAAUCAUAGUAUUAAUACUUUGUGUACGAUUAUCUAUAUUAAUACAACAAAAGCGCGUAUUAAUUUGAUUAGCUUAAAUAACUUUAAAAUAAAUAAUUUUAAUGAACA